UCCGGACGAAUAAGAAAGUCAAGGGAAGUCUACUGCCAGUACUACUGGGUAUAUAAUUAUACAAGUUUCAAGUAUGAUCCAAAACUGUUGCCUGCUUCUCUCACCAUAGGGAGCAGUUAAAAGAUUGCAGUGUAAGCGGAAACCGGACGGAUAACUUUUAAACGAUCCUGAUGAUGACAUCAUUAUGUGUUUCUAUACUGCUGACAUGCUUGUGGUAUACAGUGUUCGGAGCAGUUUCAAUAUCAACUAAAAAUGAGUUUCCAAUGAAGGGGGAAAGCUUUACUCUAACAUGUACCAAUACCAAUCCAAGUAAUAGCAUCAACUGGGCUCUGGAUUCUAGUGGAUCUCCAAACAUACUUACCACAUGUGAUGCUUCAGCUGACAAUGCAUGUUUUCCACUUCCGAUUGGAUACUCGUUCUCCUCAAGUGUUUCUAUCAACACUUUUUACAUGCUGAUUAAGAGUGUUUCAUUAUCAGAUUGUGGGAUCUACACGUGUAAUGAUGCUUCAACAUCAGAAUCAGACUCUCUAACAGUUAAAAUUUCAGAUUUUAACAUAGAUGUGACUACACUCACUGUAUCUGAACCAGCAGAAAAAACAGAUGGCCAAGUUUCCAUCAUAACUGCUUGUUUGACACCAGUGUCUGCUGUAUCCACACAACGAUGUACAUACUACUCAAAGGAAGGUGUCGAGUAUGAAACCUGUGAGAAUGUUACACAAACCACUUCAUCAACUGGAUGUACUGAUACUUGCAAUGGGGAGGCUUGGGCAAAAGUAACUGUUCAAUAUCAGUAUACUCAAGCAACAAACAAUCCAGUGGAAGGCAAUUUGCGAGUUCGAAUCAAACACACUGGAGACUCAAACAACCCAAGGGAAAUUGUAUGGAAUUCAACUAACAUUCAAUGGGUGGAAGGUCCCAAAGGAAUGUCCAGCACUGCUUCAGCAAUGAUUGAGGAUACUACCAUUGUGACUGCUCUUUUAUCUGGUUAUUUGGGAUGGAGGCUGUGCUGAAAAACCUGGGCCAACCACUACAGCUACUGCUAGUACCGGGACAACCACUCACUACCACUACUCCUACUACCACUACUACACUACUACAAUAUACUUUUCAUUUACUGUCAGAAUGUAACCAUGCAACAGAAAUUUGCAGUUUUUUAAAUUGCAUUUUUUUUUCAAAUCUUACGAUCAGCAAAUUGAAGGAAUAAUGAGGUGUUAUCUUGAAAGACUAAACAUUUGAAACACUCCUCUACUAAAUGAAGCAAUGUAGUUGUUUUAUUUUAAAAUUGAUAACAUUUAUGUUAAUUAUACUUUAAUUGAAUGAAGUUAAAUGUGUCAGCUUUAUGGAUCUUUUUUAUGACAAGAGAAUUUAGAUCUUAAAACCGAAGAUAAAGAAAAGUUAAUAUAAAUUAUAUGAACAUGUA